AUGGGCGCACACUCAAAAAGGGGUUUCAGACCUAAACGUCAUACCGCGCCGAAUGCAAGAAACAAGCACAAUGCCAGUAACUACACCGAUAAAGCCAGUGAAGGGGCAGGAAUUUCUGCCGCCCCGUCAUGCGUGGCGAAGCUCUACGCAGCACGAUGGGAAGAAAUGGAGGAGGGUUGCAUGAAUAUAAUUUCCUUCGCUCUGCAGCCGCAGGCACAUGCCACUCUUCUCUCCCAUGGUGUACCGCAGCGACUUGCCGAACUUCUCCUCGCCGCAGAGCCGGCUAACCCGCAUGUGCAGCUCUCCAGUCGACAAGAAGGAGAAGGACAAGCUGAAGAGGAGGGAGAAGCAGAACUGAACGCUGAUGCUCGUCAAGUCAUAACCAGGCGGGGACUGCUGCACAUCAAAUCAGCAGCUGCAGGAGCGUUGCGAAACAUGAUUGUGAGCGGCAGCGACGAUGUCGUGGUGGACACGUUAGCAGGAGCAACCAUCUCCACAUGUGCUCUAUCGCAGAAACAGGGCGCUGGAAAUGAAAAGGGAAGUAACAGCAACAACAACGGUAGAGGAGAACCAAACCUCACGACACCACUCGAAACAAAGGAUGAACGGGUCAACUUUUGUGAAGGGCUUGUGAAGCUGCUGAUUGAUACGUGGGAAAGCGCAACGGAGUCGCGGCGGCGCGGAAUCACGUCGUACUCGGCAAUUGUGAACCGUCGUCUAGGAGGAGCGGGUACAGACACCAUUGCCGAAUAUGAUGACGGCAAUGAUAACAAUGCCGCCGACGCGAACAGCUGCAAGAGCAUCAUAGCGAGUGCGGACUUGGAUAACAUGCCUCCUUUCAGCCUUCUUCGAGCACUGGAGGAGAUUCUUCAGCUUAUUGCGGUGUGCGUGGAGGGGAAUGAACAGAUAGCCAAUGCCUUUUCGACAGCUCAUGCAGCAAAGUCAUUGCUGUGCGUGAUUGAGGCAGCCACUGGCGCGGCAUGGGAAGCGCUACAGCCGCAGCAACAAAGUGUUGAACCGCCUUUGAGUCAUUCUUUCGGGAGCAAUGAGGAAGAAGCUCUCGUGUGGAUUCAGCACUACAGGCGCCGUGAAGCAGAGAUAUUUGCGGCAGUUGCCGUAGCUGGUAGUGAAGUGCUGCACGUGUUGAGUGGAGAGAAUGAAGCACUGUCUACGCUACUCUUGUCUGCAGAAGCCAUGGCACCCCACCAGUCAUUUCUCACAGCUGCGCUCGACGCAGAGCAAGCGAAGGCGUGGCUAGAAGCUGAAGUUUGCUCCCUCAAAACCGCAUUAGCGAGCGCAAGAGGCACAGGUGCCAAUGCGAAUGUUAUGGAAGAGAUCGAGAGUUGUGGAACAGAGGACGCGUUGAUACUGAGUGUGACUAGGCACAAUGUGUUGUAUCAGUUGUGUGAAGUCUCUCUUCACGUACAAGGAACUCUUAUGAACACAUCGCCCACAUCUGUAAAUGCUGCUCGCGUGCUUCCGCUUGUUGUCACCGUGUUGAACGCUCACCCACCACACGACGAGUGGAGUCGUACGGUCCCACUGCUUAUGCAAACGUGUACGCUUUCAGAGGGAGUUCGUACGUAUUACCUUGCGCGAGCACAGCACCGUCUGCGUUGUGUACAGGCAGCUGUGCACGUGUUACAUGUAGUGGUAGACGUGAUUUGCAGCUUGAACGAACCCAACGUGGAUGACGAGGUCGCCUUCCGGCAGAAUGAGGCAGCAAAGUUGCUUUACAGCAACAACGCCAUGUUUGUGGUGGGCAAACUCAUGCGUGACGCACUACGGAUGCCGACUACCACAUCGGAUGAAACUGGUGCGGGCGACGUUAAUAACGCUAGUUGUAGUGCUGGUAUUGGUGGAAAUUGUGCCACUACUACUUUCGCCGCCGUGCAGCAGCAACACGAAGAGGAUGUAGUUGUUGAACAGGCGUUACGAGCAGCUGCGGGAACAUCAGGGAGUGGGAGCCUCAUCACCAAACUGCAGCGAUUGGUGCUAUCCAACGAAGUAGGCGUGUGGGGCCUGGCGAACACGUUGCUGCUGAUGGUCGGGUGGAAAGAUCUUGGAGACGCGCCCUCGAGCAUCUGGAGAGCCAUCAUCAAUGCACUGGAGAGGCGAGCACAACUCCUUUCCAGAGAAGUGCAGGAGGAUACAUCAGAAGCGGGGGUGAUAACACCUGCACAUUCACCAUCAUCUUACUCCUCAUCAGGGAAGGCAAAAGGGGUGUACCUUCUUCUUCUUCAGUUGGAGUCGCUGGUGCAGAUGCUCUGGACGCUGCAGCGCAAGCAAACUGCGGAGGCUGGCGGUCCGCUUCAGGUAGUGAAUCAUCUUAGUGCCAGGCCAGCGGAUGUGGACAUCGUGACGCGGCUGGCGUGGGAACCCGCUGCCAGCACUCAACAGCGGCAGGCAUGUGUGGGAGUUGCUUGUAGCGUAUGCGCCUCUCUCCACACAACGGAGGCAACAGAAGCAGCGGCCCGCUUUGCACUUGGCGCUCUGCAGGCGGAGAAGUUAAAUCCGCAAGCGGGUCGCGCGGCACCGGUGGAAAUCAACUGCCCUCCACCGCCUGGUCCCCGUGAGGAACGGCGGCGUUGGUUGAUGAACUUCACGAAAGCAGAUGGUGAGUGGCGCGUCCGAUGCGAAGCAGCCAACCAAAUAAUGGAUUUGUUUCUUGACGAACAGCACCAUGAAACGGUGUACCUUCCUCUACGGAUUCAGCAGGCGUUGGUGUUAUUCAUCCAACAAUUCCAGGCUUACAGUAAGCGGCGGUCGCAGCAGCAACGAGACAUGAUGCGGAAUUACAAGGUUGUCCUCCCGGAUUUUGAUGAGGAGGGAAACCUGUCCGAGGUGGUGGAAAAUCUUUCCGCAUUUGUAGACUACAAAAAGCAGUUCAUGAGGUGA